ACAUCCUUUCAUUACUGUUUUGCAACAAAGACCAGCGUGACAGCUCUGUCUCAAUACUGUGCAAUACAAAGGUAAUCACAAAGCCUUAUUUCACUUUUAAAAACAAAUUUUACAUACAGGUGCUACUGUAUGUAAAAUGCAGAACAGCACCAUAGCUACUCCACAGUUAAUUAGUCCAGAAUUUGAUCCAGACAGAUGGCUUUGACAAGUGUCAGUUCAAUGGCUUGAUUGAAAGCCAAAGACCUGGGUGACAAUAAGCUGCAUUCCCUCCUCACUCCUUGUGUGUCAGCCUCCAAGGCCAACCCAUGAGUUAGCAGAAUUUCAUGUUCYGUGAUGGUUGYGGAAAUUUCUUGCCUUUUCCUUGCUCAUACACUCUGCCCAAAGCUUUCCCACGGCAAACCUCAGUUCCUGCAGUAAAAGAGAAAAUGGAUAACUGUUCCUUAAGCACCUGCUCUGUGCCAGCCCAGACUUUGUAGAUGUCUUUUUAACCAAUCUCGGCCAGCGCUUUUCCAAUCUAACAAGCUCUGUGUAGCUGUUCAGCCUUUGAAAGCUCUUCCUCACCUUCCUUGGCCACUGUCUUUGUAGCCUUGGCUAUUUGCUCACACUGCCACUUUUGCCUCACUCGUCCCCCUUCUAGGAGGCAAGAUUUUGUAAUUUACUAGUAAGCUUUAUACAUUUUUGUUGGCUUUGACUUGUCUUGCUCUUUUAGAUUAGUUAACARGUAUUUUUGGAGUCAGUUUAGUCAGUGAUUAUCACCCUUUUUCUGUCUGGGAAUCAAAAGCCAGCCUCCUGGAGGUAUUCCAAGUCCUUCAGGACAGUAUGAGCAAGCUCUUUUCUGGCAGUGCUGGCCAGCUGACAGGUGCUUUUUUAUGUAGGACAAUGAUAGGCAAGAUAAAGAUGUGAGACAGGAGACAGGGAAGCAGAGACUAAGGCAAUGUUUAAUAUUUUUUUKAUCUCAGUGAUUUUUAUGGUUUUUCCUCCCUUGUGCCAUGCAAAUAUCCUAAAGGAUAUUGGGAAGGGAUGAAGACCAGCAGUAUUUUGUAAAGAGAUUAAAUUUGCCACGUCUGCCUUUACUCUCUUUUGCAACGUUCCUGCACCUGUUCUGUAUGUUCUUUCAUUUCUCAGUGUGUGGGCUGCUGUUUUCAUGACAUCCCCUGGCUCCACAAUUCUGAAUGACUCUCCAUGUGUUGCAAAAGAUUGAGAGAGAUGAUGUACCUGUUGACCUUGUCAGGAGAAUAAUUGGGAAGUAUAGGCAAGAUGAAGGUCUGUGGUGUGGGGUUUUUAAUUUCUUUUUUUUGGGGGGGAUUGUUUGCUUUAUGAUGUUAUAAAAGGUGGUUUGCCUGGAGUUUAAAAUACCACAUCAAAGCCUAUUCUACUUUCACUGCUUUCUUUUUUUUUAUAGUGGCUGGUAAAAAAAAAAGGUCAGCUAAGGGUAACUUAGAUAUCCUAAUUAUGUAAAGGGAAAGURUCCAUUUUGUUACUGACUUAACUUUAACAGCUACAGAAAGAGCUGGUAGAGAGCAUGCAAAACUUAAGGGCGGCUAAAAGCUGGUUGAUAUUUUCACAUGAGACAUGUUGUAAUGUAGUGAAGACUCUUUGAGAUAARCUUUGUGUUGGCUUAAAUGGCUGCACAUGUCAGUAAGAGGGAAAUACAUACACGAAGSAGAUGGAUUAUCCUUAUCUGGUGCAGAUGUGAAGCCUUAAUAGCAGGUGAAGGCAUAAACUGAGUGGGUCACUGAGCCUUUGGUAAUGAGCAGAGCCUACGCUCUCUUUGUUAGGGCACGUACUGUGACAUAAAUACAGGCGGAUUUAGUACUUACAGGAGUUACUAUUUGUAUGUCUAUUUGAUGGAAACAUUCAAAAUUAGGAAAACUUCAAAAAUUAGGCAUAUUGGUAGAUUUGAUUUUGYUAAUGGAGGGUUUGUGCUCUGCACAGGGAGGAGAAACUUAGUUUAGCUCAAAAAGGUGAAGACAGGGAAGGGUGAAACCUCAUUACCAAAGCUGCUCCUGAAAUACUGUGGAUACAAAAUAUUGGCACCUGUUUUCUGUCAACAGAGACAACUUGAAAGCCCUUAAAAUGAGUGGGCUACCCUGCAGAUUGAGGAGGGAGUAAAAAAGAGGAAGGCACUGCCACUCGAAAACCUAAUCUCCACUGGGAUCAUCCAGAGAGAUGAGACCUCCAUGGAAGAGGAGAUUGCUGGCCGGUGCCAAGGGUGCUUCAGCCUUGCUGAUGUCAUGUACUUCUCCAAGAAGGGCUGUGAGGCAGUUGCAGAAGAUGAAGUCACUCGACGGUUCUCCUCCGAGGAGCUGUUGUCCUGGAAUCUCCUCAGCAGAACUAAUGCCAACCUGCAUCAUGCCAGCUGGAAACUGGCUGCUGUGUGGAUCACUGGCAUCCUAAUUCGGUAUUGCCUCCUGCUGCCUUUCCGCAUCUGCUUGUCUGUUUUCAGCAUCCUGUUGCUGGUGCUGGCCAGUGCAGUAGUAGGACAGUUUCCAAAUGGCAGAGUUAAAGGCUGGCUGAGCAGCCAGGUCCAGAUGAUWUGUGCCACCUUAGGUGUCCGAUGUCUGACUGGCCUUGUUCAUUUCCACAACAGGGAAAACAAACCACAGGAAGGAUGCAUCUGUGUAGCCAACCACACGUCUCCAUUGGAUGUCCUAAUCCUGACCAGUGAUCAAUGCUAUUCCUUGGUUAGCCAGGUACAUGGAGGGCUUAUGGGACUUAUUCAAAAAUGCUGUAUGCAAACUUCUCAGCAUGUCGUGUUUGAACGCUCAGAAAUGAAAGACCGUCACCUGGUGAGGAAAAAAAUUAGAGAACAUAUUGCAGAUAAGGCCAAGUUACCCAUUUUAAUUUUCCCAGAAGGUACCUGCAUUAACAACACAUCAGUAAUGAUGUUCAAGAAGGGAAGCUUUGAGGUAGGAGGGACCAUCCAUCCAGUAGCAAUCAAGUAUGACCCCCGUUUUGGAGAUGCCUUCUGGAACAGCAUGAAGCAUUCCAUGAUGACCUAUGCUUUUAAUGUGUUGACCAGCUGGGCUAUUGUCUGCAAUGUGUGGUACCUGCCACCRAUGGUCAAAGAGGAAGAAGAAGAUGCUGUUCACUUUGCUGACAGAGUCAAGGCUGUCAUUGCUGCUCGGGCAGGAAUGUCUAUGCUUCCUUGGGAUGGGGGACUGAAAAGGAAAAAGGUCAAAGAGUCUUUCAAGGAAGAGCAACAGAAAAAAUAUUGCCAGAUAGUAAUASAAAAUGAAUUUGUGGGAAAUGGAAAUGUUUGUUAAAUGCUAUUUAUUUUAUCUCAUUUUUCCAUUACUUACCUCUACCAGAAAACAGACUGGUUUUAGAUURAACCAAACAUGUUUUCCUUCUGUCCCUGUAAGAUAUUUUGCAUGUGACACAGCAGGGAAACCAUGAAGAGAUAACCUUAUUUAAUGUGAAGUACUAUAAUUAUGCAAAUAGUAAAACAUACAAUAUGGUAAUAAAAUUCUCCCCAAUGCUGAGAAGAAUCUACAAUAAAAUUAAUUAUGUUCAUUAAAAUACCAUUUAAAAAUAUUUGCAAUGCUUUGAGUUCUGAAAUGGUUACUUGUAAUAAAACACCUCUGUACUGCUAGACUUUCUCAGUGAUUUGGACUAGCAGUAUUCCUGUGAGCCACAGUAACCAUGUGGCUCUAGAGGCAGACCUCCUGAUGUCAGAAGACAUGAAGCAGUUCACCAAARUAUGUUUUUUUAAUUGGAUGUUGGACAGGAAAUGCUGGAUGUUAGAGGGAAAAAGGCAGGUGCUGACUUUCCCCUCCGUGUGASAAGACCCAGGGAUGGCAUGGUAGAAAGUUUUCUGCUCUUUGUCAGAGCAGAACAGUAUCCAGGGCAGCAUGUCCCUGAUGUUGGGUGUGUCAAGCUGAGAUAAAUUAGUCACAGCCAAGUACAGUGUAAUAGAAAAUAUACUGUGUUUUUAAAUUAUAUCUUGUGGUUUUGUUACAUCCCUUUCUGUGUCUGUUUGUUUGCAUUACACAAAUUAAAGAAAA